AUGUCACUGAAACGAGUUUGUGAAAUGGAGUUUCGUUAUAAUAUUCCACCAGAGCCAUUAUGGGGAUGUUUACUAGACACUAUGACUCGUCUGUCUAAUAUGACCCCUUCAGAUAUUGUACCUACUUUGAUUGAAAGCAAUCCGCCUAUGCGCAAUCCACAACUACUAUUACAACACAUGACUAUUGUGUCAAUGUAUCCGGAGGGGAAACUUCUGAAGCAACGGUUUACAAUAUCUGUGUUUCUUGAAGGCUAUAAGUUGAUUAAUGCAACCACAAGAGUUAGGAUGCGAAGCGGUAACCCACCUUCUUCCAUCGUGGACUGCAGCGUCGAGUAUGAGAAGAGUGGUCCUGAAUUCAAAGAUCUUGAAGUAGUCGAAAUCAUGAAGAAGCAUCUCAAUGAUAUCGCAUAUCAUACUGGUUAUUGGGAAGCGCACAUAAAGCCAAGCGGGAAGUAA